AUGGACGACUUCAUCGGCACCACCCAGGCUCAGGUCGAACAACCGCCUGUGGAAUACAGUCAAGGCUACAUGAAUCUCACACAGACACAGCGGAACACCAUCGAGCAUGUCGAGAGGAUUGGCGCCUCUCUUAGCUUGCUUGGGGUGUUCCUGAUAUUCAUCGCCUAUGGCCUCUUCAAGCGAGUUCGGACAGUACCCAACACCUUCAUUCUCUUUGCGUCUAUCGCCAAUGUGGGGGCUAGUACGGCAUGCUUCAUCGGCUAUGCGGGUAUCGUGGCCGGCGAGAACUCGGCGCUCUGCCACACGCAGGCGUUUCUUCUUGAGAUGUUCAUGCAAUCAGACCCGUGGUGGUCACUUGCCAUGGCAAUAAAUGUCUUUCUGGUUUUCUUCUUCGCCCUAAACCCCAACGCUUUUCGCGACUACCUCUGGUUGUAUUGCCUGGUGUGCUAUGGACUUCCUUCGGUUCCGGCAAUCGUCCUCCUUGCUCACAGUCCUGCUACCACUCGCUACUAUGGAAAUGCCACGUUGUGGUGCUGGAUAGCCGACACAUGGAAUCCUCUGCGGAUUUACACCUACUAUUUACCUAUUUGGACGUGCAUCUUUCUCUCCGGACUGGUAUACCUCGCCGUGGGCUAUCAAGUGUUUCAUCAGCGCAACCAGCUACGAAAUUUGACCUUCAGCAACCAAGGGAAAAACUACUCUGGAUCUGAACACAUAGAACUAGGCGAGAAGCACAGCUACGGUAUCAGCGCUGGCCGGGAUUCGCCAUGCCCUACUGUUAUUCCCAUGGAUCUCUCCAAUCACCCAGGCUGCUAUGGCACCGUCACGACUCAAGUUGAAGUCAACAUCUCCGACAACACCGACUUCCAACCGAUGACUCCGAUCUCACCGGCCCCGUCCAUUACCGAGGUCCCCCUUGCCACCCACCCCCCGGGCCAGAACAACAGCAUCCACCCUUGGGACUCCAACUACUCCUCGUCUUCCUCUUCCAGCGAGGACCACAUCGUCCCUCCCGCCGCCGUCUACGCCGGCUCUAGCUCCCCUCCCUUCGGUGUCCACGUGCACCACGCAACCAACGAGACCACUCACAACGGGGUCCCAAAAUCCAGCCUCAAGAAAACUACCACAUACAUCUCCCAAGGGGACCGCCCCUACCACCACGGCCCCGGCUACGGCCACACGUAUUCCUCCUAUAAUCGCACCUCGAACACCACCACCACGGGCACGCACCAGGUCCACGCCUCUUCCUCCUGCGGGCACCAAUCCGCCUCCCACCAAACCCGCUCCCACACUCUUCUCUCCUCUCUCCGCCGUCCCUUUCGCAAAUUCUGGGCCAAGCUCCACCGCCUCGACCCCAUCAAGCUUGCCUACCUGCGGACUUCCUUCGUCUUUGCCAUUUCCAUCCUGGUCACCUGGACGCCGUCCAGCAUCAACCGGGUGCACUCGUUGCUUUACCCCAAAGAUACCAGUUACCCGCUUAAUCUGGCGAGCGCGGUGGUGUUGCCGCUGCAGGGGGUGUGGAACGCGGUGAUUUUUGCGGCGACGACGUGGGUGGUGUUGAGAGAGGAGGUGGACGGGUUGUGGAAACGGAGUUCCUUGGGGAGGUGGUGGGAGAGGAGGGGACGAAGAGGAAGAGGAAGAGGAAGAGGAAGAGGAACGACGACGACGACUACUACUAGCGAGGCACGUACUGCAGUUGUCAACAUGAUGAUGAUGGGUGGUGGUGGUGGUGGACAUGGACAUGGACAGAGAGGGGUUCGGCUGGGGAGUGAUGGGUUGCCUCGUCCUUCUCCUCCUCCUCCUCCGUUUUCUACUACUACUGCUGCUGCUGCUACUACUACUACUACCAGUGGUGCUGGUGGGAAAAAACCUACUACGCAGGGGUAUAAAGCGUGGAGAAACGGGAAUGGAGGCUCGUACAACGGCUAUGGUGUUCAUUCGACGGUGAUGAAGGAUGAUGAUUUUCUGGAGACGAGGAGCCAUUGUAGUGGCGGUGCUGGUGGUGGUGGUGGUAAGAAGAAGAGCGGCAAGAAGGGGCCGAUGGAUCCCAAUCGGUUGGGCACCGUGCGAGUCAUUAGGGAUGGCUCGUUAUGA